AUGACUUCUUACCUGCUUUUUUUAAGUCCAAGGGGCAUUGUGGACGCACCUCGACUAGGCAGUCGAUCCCAGUCCAUUGGCAGCACUGAUACCAGCAUUCACGGUCCUUCGGAGGUUGCUCUUGCUCAUGGAAGUGGCCUUGGAAAAGACCAUGAGUCUCCUUUGAAGAAAAGUCCUUCUGCUGACAGCCUAUUGACGGGCUUUUUCAAGCCCAUGGAUGUUUACUGCCACAGAUUUGUGCAAGAUGCACAAAACAAAAUGACCCAUCUAUCAGAAACCAUGUCUGUUUCUCAGCAGGCUAGUGAGGAAGGAAAUCAAAUGACCAAUCAAGUUUCUAAUGAAGAAAGCCAAUCUGAGUCAACAGAACAGGUACCUUCUCGGCCGUCUCAGUUAGAUGUGUCUUUUUCUGCAACAGGCCCACAGUUUUUGUCUGUUGAACCGGUGCAUUCAGUCUUAUCUCAAAAGACCCCCAGCUCCACACCCAGCAUGCAUGAAUCGGAGACUGGGCUUCGUGUAACUCCUUCUCCUUCAGAGAGCGCCAGCAGCAGGGCCGCCUCUCCCUUUGCAAAGAUUCGAAGUUCCAUGGUCCAAGUUGCCAGUAUUACCCAAGCUGGGUUAACACAGGGGAUAAACUUUGCAGUGGCAAAGGUUCAGAAGAGCCCUGCUGAACCUGAAGUGGUUAAUGAAGUCCAGCACAAUGAACUUAAAAAUAUGUUUACACAAUGCCAGACACGAAUAAUUCAGAUUUAGGUUUUAGCCACAAAGAAUCCUCCUGUGGCUUUUAUUUAAUCCAAAAAAAAGGUUUCAUGUAUUGGGCUAUUUUAACCUGUACUGUCUUUGAACCUAGGGAUCACAAAUCCUGUUCAUUGGGGAAAGGUUUUAGAGGGAGUCUGAACUUAAUCAGAUUUCUAGAAUUGGGAACGAGGUAACAGAAGUGCUUCAUCCUAGAAUGUGUGAACCUAAGUAGCUUAUACACUACGGAGCAAUUUGUUUCUUUGAAAGUAAUAGAAAUAGAUGACUUUGGUUUAUAAUAACCUGAACCUUUUUUGGAGCGGGGUGGGUGGGUGGAGUGUGUGAAAUUUGAUGCAUAACAGAUGGACAUGUGUACAUUUAGGGGAUUAGCAUUUUUCAUAAUUUUUGUUCUACUUGUCAGUUUGUUUCUGGGUAUAACCCUCUACAAGGUAAAUACAUUUAGUUUUUAGUGACUUCCAAGUGUUACUAGUACAGAGAAGCAUCUGAGUAUAAAAACUUGGUUUAGUUUUGUUGUCUUAAUCAUUCCCUAUGAAGAGUUAAGAGGGUUAUUGGCACUACAUUCAAGAAAGUAUGCCUAUUUGAUCCUAAAUUCCCCUAUAUUGUUUACACAGUUCUAAAAUGUCCUGUCACCUUGUAUAUCCCAAAGUCUAGGACCAUUAAGACUUCUUAGUCAUAAAACCUGAGGUAUUAGAUGUGAAUACCAGCACAUAUUUAAUUUUGCUCUUUUCAGGAAUGUACACUUAUUAGAAUACUAGUAAAUCUUUAAAGAUGUCUUCAGGCUGUUAAUUUUUUACAGGGGGCAUUCCUUAACGUCUUAUAUAGACUGUCAUACAACUACUGAAAAUACAGUCUGAUGCACAUUUGUGCUAAAACUGAUUUUAUUACUGUAACCCUGACCACUGACCAAGGCCUCUCCUAUAAUCCAUAGAAGAAGAAAAAUUUGCACACUUUAUUCCAAGUAAGUAUUUGGUUUGUCUGGUAUCUUUAGAGCCUUACUCUGUUGAAGUAAUUCUCAGCCAAACAUUAUGUCUCUUGUAAAUUUGAUAAGUAUUUCCACUUUUGUUAUUUAUUAGUGGUAUCUUUUUUUUUUUGAGGUGUCUAAUCUUGUGACUAUUUAAAAUAAAGUAAUUAUAAUUUAAAGUGA